AUGAGGUAACAGAAGGCUUUUUUCUAAUCAGAAGGAAAUUUAUAUUGAUUUCGAUUUCCAGGAAGAUCUGUAAGCGGCCAUGUUCUUCAACGCCAUCCAUCGACUAUCCGGCCGUAUUUAGACAAUAUUGUGGAAAACCCGCAUAUUUUACAUGAAAACGUACGUCUUUUAUUAAUAAAUAUUAUAACGAUGAAGAGGGACGUUUUUAUUAUUCAUAAUUUCGUAAAUGUACGAUUUAUCAGCUAAGUUUUUCACCCUAAACGGUGUUUUUCCGUCAAAAAAGCCAAAACGUGAUGGCUGAAAAAUUGAGGGGGCGGGGCUUGUUUUUGGACGUCGCAAAUCCAUGGAUUUGCUACCUGCCAAUUUUGCGCCGUCGCGAAAUGGCCGAUUUGCUACCUCCCAAUUUUGCGCCGUCGCAAAAUGGCCGAUUUGCUUCCGACGUCUUUUUUGGAGGUUGCAAAUUGAGGUUUCCGCUACUUUUUGAAAUUGGUAGCGAAUCCAGCAAACAUUCUCGAGCUCGAGAAAAAAUUCUUAUUCCUUCGCUCUUAAAUACCCCCUUUGUAAAAAUUUUUUAUGUUGGAACUACUAAUUAAGGUGUAGUGUUAAUCAAAUCUGUUAUUGUAAGGCUUGUCAAGCUGCCAGAGUUUACCUUAGCUCCAAACAAAGCUUUUCAAUUGGUAAAAACGUGAUCAAAAAGGUUUUCCGAACACAAUUUGCGUGGUGUUGCGAGAAAAGUUCUGAGGACUUUUUCGCCCUUACAAACCAAAAUUAGGCAGCUAAUUUUUACAUAUUCUGAAUCAGAAAAUUUUUGCGAAUUUUUUGAUAUAUAUCUCGACCGGUAACUCCAUACCCCAUAGAAGUACUUUCCUUGUGAAAUCGGAGUUUUUCACUUGGAGAGGGAAGCAUUUUGCCACAUUUUUGAUACUUCCCGGAUGCCAAAUGGUACGUUUUUUCCCACUGGAUCAGGUCCCUCACUGUAGUAUUCCACAACAAGAAAAAUUUUUUGCGAAUCUUUGCGUGAAAAGCUUUAUUGUAUGUAUUCAUGUUGGCGUAAAGGGCAAUGCAACUGAGCCGUACUUAUCCUGUUAAUUUCUGGAUAGAAUUUCAAGCUUCAACGCCACUGGUUUGCGGAAUGUUGAUCCCUUUUCUCACGGCUUCACCUCCUCCCCAACCCGUUUCGUUUUUUCCCAUCAGCUCUUGAUCCAAACUUUUUUUGUCCCCAAAACAAUUGCUCGGGGUUUUGCCUUGGCCCUUCUUCCCUCCGGGGGGCUUCGCGGACCGCCGGCCUUGAGCUUUUUUUGAAAUGUAGUUUUUCGAAGCGAUUUCGAAGGUGCAAAAGUGUUUUUGACGAGUUUUUUCGGGCGCCCAAAAAUCAAUUCCCAUCGGAAGUUUGUGCCAAUUUCUCAAGGCGUUGCGAGUUUUAAGGGGGUUUUUUUGAAUCAAUAGCUCUUAUCAGUCUGGCGGUAAAAUAAUGAGCGCAAUCUUGCUGCGGCGAUCGCGUCGCUGAAAUGAAAAGCCUUUCUUUUUCGCGGCCCCAAAUUCUCCUCAAAACAUCGUACGUCGCGUUGAACUAGCGCUUGGAAAAAUGGCAGUAGUCGAGCAAGGCGCUACAACUUUUCGGAUCAUUACAUGGCUUUGGGGAGGCUAGGAAAAGGCUUUGUUAGUAGAAGUAAUAAGAUUUCUCACGCUCUAGGAGAGUUCACCACCUUCUUUGAGGUGUUUUACACGUAUUACCCAAUUAAUAUCCCGGUGAAACCUACGGAUCUUUAUUGUUUGGAGCAACUUUUGUACUUUUAUAUGUUACAAUAGCUCAGGAAAACUAAGGUUAGCAAUAAAGUCCAUAAAAAUUCGGUCGAAAGGCCCGGGGGACAACCACACGAUAAGACGAGAAGCUCGAGUUCAAGUGACUUAUUGAGUGAAAAGCGACCCUUAUAUAGGGAAAUCCCACGUAGGAAAGUACAAUCAAAUUUGAAUAAUAAAUGAUGAUUUUCGUGGGAAUUUGGGCUCGAAGUUCGGUCAUUCCGCGUCACAAAUUCCAGCGACUUUUUCAGACUUCAUUAAGAUUUUUUGGGUCUCCGUCUGUCCUACGUCUCAUAUCGAUGAAUUUUGCGAUGACUCCAACUGCCGUGGACCCGAGAAGUCGCGACGCGGGAUCAAUAGAAAACCAUAUAUUUAUUUUCGUCCUCAAAAUUGAAUUAGAUUUUUUGAAUUGGCAGCGAGAAGCAUCUGUGUAAAUGAUGAGAGGAGAGUGGUGUUUUAGCCGUUAAUAGUCGAGCCUCACGUAACACAUGGGCAGAAAGCUUGGAGGAGAAAAAUAUAGUAGUGUCUGGGGGGUUGAUGCUAUCUUUGCAAGGUUUCAGUCUGUCGGGAAAAUAAUGGGGAUUUGUCGCAUUAAAAUGUCUUGCCUCGUGGUAGUCGCACACCAAAUUUCCAGCUGCGGAUGGCCGUCGCAUAGUUCUGAAAGGCUUCACGUCAAGACUUAGCUGAGGAAUUGGUCUGGAAAGAGAUUUUUUCUUGAAUUUGUCAAGCGUUUCCGACUUGAACCUGCAAAAUUUUCGUUAAACUGCAAAGCACAAGCCAAAAAUAUCAUUUUUUCCAAGGAAACGUGUCAGUUUGUUGGGAAAGUAAUGAGCUCUCUUGUCGCAUUGAAGACAUUUCCGUGUUCGUAUUUUAAAAUCCUAGCCUCACUUUCGGGUUUCAGGACCCUCUACCCUGGCGCGCGCAACUCGGCCGGCUCCGGCGGCCAAGCCGCCUCCGCCUCCACUCACCGCCAAGCCCCCAAGUUCAGCGACUCCCCCGCCAAAAGCAGGAGCGCCAGCAACAUCGCAAAACCCAUUGUUAAGUAAUGCCGGGUUAAUCGUCUUCUCCUGGAUCGUUGUCGCAUUCCUCAGUUGGUGGUUCUUGACGAGGAAUCAGAAGCAAAAGGCCGAAAAGGAGAAAGCCGAAGCCGCCAAGAAAGCGCUUGCAGAGCGACGGAAGAGCGAGCUGAAUCGAACGUUGGCCAAUGGAGUUGGCACCUAUGAUGGGUAAGUUGGCUGAUUCUACAGUGGGGGCCUGAUCCAGUGGCAGGAAACGCACCAUUUUGCAUCCGGGAAGUAUCAAAAAUGUGGUGAAAUUCUUCCCUCUCCAAGUGAAAAAACUCCGAUUCCAAAACCGCGCCCGCUAUUUUUGUGAGGGCGCCCUUCAAAACGAAUUUUUUUUCCACUUGGAGAGGGAAGCAUUUUGCCGCAUUUUUGAUACUUCCCGGAUGCAAAAUGGUACGUUUUUUGCCGCUGGUUCAGGUCCACGCGUUACAUUGGGGUCAACGCAAUGAUUUAUUCCAAAUUUAUCCCAUUCUGUCCCCCAAACCCUCAUAUUCGUUCCCCAAGGACCUGCUCCAAAUAUCGUUCUGUCGGGAAAAUAAUGAGCAAAAUGUUGCUGCGCCGAUCGCGUUGCUGAACUGAAAAACAAUUCGAUUUUGCUGCGACAAUUUUCCUCAGCGGCGAUGCGGUUUUCGGUGCGAUAAAGCGCUCAUUAUUUUCCCGACAGACUGAUAAAAUCCGCCCUUGGGAAGUAUAUGUCAUUUAUCCAAUCACUUCUCUAAUUGCAAAUGUUUCAGGCAGCAAAGCGAAUGGAUAAAUGAGGUGAUUAUCUGGCUUGCUUCUCAUAACUCCUUCCCGAUCGGUCUCACAGAUUUAUGGCUGAACUCAUUGAAUGAUGUGGCCAAGAAGCUGAGUGUUCCGGUAGGCCAAUUUGUCAUCAUUUCCUCUUCCCAGAAGCCAUGUUAUUUUUAUGUUUUCAGGGUCAAAACGAAGUCCUAUUCGAGCGCGCUCAGUCGAUCCCCGAUCCGGACAGAUGCCCGAGGCUCUCGAAUAUCCGGCCACACCGAAAUCCAAAUGGCCAAUUGGUAAUUUUUAUCAUUUUUUAGGUCUAAAUUACUCGUAUUCCAGAUAGUAAAUGCGAAUGUUCGAAUCCCCAAAGCGGUCCUUCGUCUGAUUGCCUCGGAAAGUGUGGAUAAUCAUAUUGUUGUGUCGAAUUAUGAAGCCGAAGUCAACGAUCUUUCAGGAGAAGUGGGACUUUUUGAAUAUAAAGCUUUGAGAAAUUGAGAUUUUUUUGAGAAAGAAAAUUUUUUUUUUCAGUGCGAAGCGCGCUUAGCCUACAUUGCCGAAGAGGUGUACUUGAUGAGCUGCUUCAGUGGGCGGCCGGAAAUGCGCAUCAAACUUGUGGAUGUGGAUAAACCGGUAAGAAAAAAGGACGCUUACAGAAGAGAGUGGCUUCUGAUAAAGAAAAUAAAGGAGUUCGAUAUUUUUAGCAGCAUUAAUUUUUGUCUAUGAAACAGAAAUAUUUUAAAGUGCAAAAUGAGGUUGCUACGACAUUUUAAAGUAGCUUUCUCCCCUCGAAAACAAGUGAAACCUGGCAUAAAAUUUAGGGCAGUUUUUUAAAAAGACAUUUGCAAGACUUUUAGCUUGCCUUUUGCAGAAAUAGACGAGAUUUUUAGGCCGAAACUUGAAAAAAAUGCGGAAUUUUUUUGCGAAUUUUUGGCAUGAAAAGUUUCAUGCCUACUUCUACCGUAUAGGGUGAUGUCUGCAUAAAAAAUCACUUGUUUCCGCUCAAAACUGGCAAAAUUAUGGCCAAAAAGUGUUUUUUCUCUCCGACCUCUCUCCACAUUUUCCGUACUGUCUCGUCUGCGAAGGUCGUUGAAUAUUUCGGCUGUCGUUGCAAAGCGCGAGCUAAAAAUUUCGGGGACUAAUUAGAGGCCCAUUUAACUUGUCCUUGCAAAAUUUAAAUGAGAGACCAUUUUAUACGAUGAAACAUGUUUAGUCGUAUAAAAUGGGCAAAAAGGUUUUCCGAAUCGCUCCCCGCAUCUUGUCCACUCGACGUAUUUUACAAUCUAUUUGAUUUGAAAUUACUUAGCGAACUAAUGAGAGUUAUCUAUAUUUUUCAGGCGGCAUUCAACGACAACUCUGUCGACAACCCCAAAGUCGAAGGUCUGAUCCGCAAAUGCAUUGCGUCGGCCGUACUGAGCAUCAAUUUCCACGAAUACAUUUCGGCCGUCCACAACAACGAAGGUCCGUAUAAUGAGCAACAAACCGGAGGAUAUGGGAACCCACUGGACACGCACAAAAUUCAAAAUGGAAGCUACUUGAGUCCGCCAUCGGUAAGAGCAUUCUGGAGCAAUCAAUUUGGUGAUUUCGAAUUUUAGAAGCACUCCAACGCCCAGCCCGUGAACAGACUCCGUUUCAAAGUGGUGAAGGCGCAAAGACUCAACAUUUCUGGUGAGUUUUGGGAGUUUUUGGAUGGCUUGAAUAGCCCAGGCAAUGCUUCAAGAGUGAUACUCAAGGAUAAUUUCAAUUUGCCCUAUACGGCUUGGAUAAACCUCAUAUCGAAUGCUGAAAAUCUUCCCCUUUUCUGAACUGUACCCCUUUUUCAACUCUACCCCUUCAGAAAUUUACCCCUUUUUGAACACUACCCCUCAUUUUGAAAAUUGAAAAAAUGAGGUGUGACAUCUUAUACGAUGAAAAUUUUUUUCAAAUUGUUUACUACGAUGAAAAAUUUUUUCAAAUUGAGAAAAAUUUCAUCGUAUAAGAUGUCACACCUUAUUCUUUUCAAUUUGAAAAAAAAUUUCAUCGUAUAAGAUGUCACAUCUCAUUUUUCUCAAUUUGAAAAAAAUUUCCAUCGUAUAACAUGUCACACCUCGUUUUUUCAAUUUUCAAACUGGGGUAGUGUUCAAAAAGGGGAAGAGUUCAGAUUUUUUGGCGAAAAUCAAAAAAGGGGUAGAGUUCAGCCUUUUUUGGGGUAGAGUUGAAAAAGGGGUAGAGUUCAGAUUGGGGUAAAGUUCAGAAAAGGGGUAGAGUUCAGGCUCAACCCCAACAGCUAAAGGGCCAGUGCAGCUACUUUUGAAUUCGCUAUUUUUUGGCUUAUAAAGCGAAAUGUCCAGCAAAUUUCGCCGCCUACUGUACCAAUAAAAACAGAAAAAAUAUGGUAACAUUCUGGAUGUGUACUAAUAGUGAUUUUACUGCUUGCAAAGGCAGAAGACGAAAAAACUUUUUUGGCAUUUUGUUUCUUAAGCCGAAAAAACGAAAUUGUAACAUACGAAUGUAGUACCUUUGUCUUUAUGCUCUUUCAAAGCGACAACAGACCCCAAUUUUUUAAUCUUCCCAAACUUUUAGGCGAUCUCCAUCCCUACGUUCAUGUCGAAGUGGACGAGCCACCUCAGAAGUUCUUUACAGUUGGUGCCAGCGGCGCUAAUCCCAAUUGGAACGACGAAACUGAACUGUAAGAAUUUGCAAUUUUAUUAAAAAAUAUUACUUUGUACCUUAUCUUAUAACCAAUUUUUUAUUUCCAGCAUAAUCAAUGAUAACAGUGACGAAGUUUUGAUCGAAAUUUUCGGUGCCUCGGGGCCUAAACGAAAGGAUAAUGACAAAUUUUUGGGCUUGGCUAUUGUUGGAGUCAACGAGUUGAAGUCGUCGCUUGAUAAUGUACACCAUUUGCAACUGCAAAGUCGACCGUAUCAAAAUGAUCGGGUUUCCGGAAGCUUGACUAUUCAGGUGAGAGAGAUUUAUGGGAAAACUGCCUGAGGCAAUUUUUUAAAGUUUUAGCGAAUUAGGCAGAGAAAUCUAGAGCAGAAUUUUGUGACGUAUUACUGUCGUCAACAUUGAGAUUUUUAGGCAAGAAAUGGUAAAAAAAAUUGGCUGUUUUUCGAAAAGCUUGUCUUAAAAUUUCCUAAAAAAGGUCUUUUUAACUUAAAAAACGAAAUUAUUUUGAAAAUACGAGAUAUAAUAUCUGUAAUAGCUUCUGUUUUGCAAAAAACAACCAAAAUUCCUAACCGAAAAUUCGUGAAAAUUUCACAUUGACUGGUUCAUGCAAUAUCAGUCUGUCGGGAAAAUAAUGUGCACAAUGCCGCAUCGAAAAUUUGAUCGCGUCGCUGAAGUGAAAAGCAAUUUGAUUUUGCCGCGACACAAUUCAUUUUCUCAGCGGCGAUGCGAUUUUGGAUGCGACAGAGUGCUGAUUAUUUUCCCGACAGACUAAUAAAAUUUACUGCUUUAUUUCCGACCGAGAGGGAAAUUUCUUGCCAAAAAAUCAGUUCUUUCCCUCUAAAUCGGCAAGCGCAAAACAUGACCGAAACCAAAAGUUCUUCUCUUUGGCUGUUCUCCGCACUUCGCGUACUCUAUCGGCCGAAAAAAUCGUUGAAUAUCUGGGCGGCUCCUGCAGAGGGCAGGCUAAAAUUUUCGAAUUGUGAUGUGUGACCUAGGCCUAAUUUGUAGGCAAAAUUUUAAGGAAAUCUGAGCGUCGCACUUUGAACACUAUCCUUGCCAAUUUGUGGUAUCAUAAAUAUAACAAACGAACAAUGGCAAGAGGAUUUGGCAGUCGAGAGUCGAGAAGAUAUCGGCAAAGGUUUGGGUAGUCGACCGGUCAAAGGGAGAGAAAGUUUAUUCGCACCAAAGACGAGGGAAAGAAAUGAUGCAACCGCUCAAGAGGAGCGGGAAAAACCGACUACUGAGAAUAGGGGAAAUUGACCUGAUGAAGACUCUGCCCUUUGAUUCUAUGCAGAUUUGUGGGAAAGAAUUGGCGGUUUCAGUGAAGUCGCCAACAAUAAAAUUAAAAAUUUUUUGUUUGGUUUAAUUGAAGAUGAAACGUUAGAAGCCGUAUUUUACCCUCAAAAAAAUAAAAUUUCAAAAUUUUCAGACUGAUUUCUACAACGAUUCCUCCGCCAUCGGCAAUCCUCACAAGCCCUCGAAGCAUGAGCUCCAGGAAAAGGAGCGUCACGCUCUGUCCCAACAAUUCAAGGAGAGCCCGCUCUUCCAGUCGAUCCAGACCGAAAAUCUCGCCGAAACAACAGGCUCUCAAGUCUCUCCGAACCUCACCGAAAGCGGUAAAGACUUGACCGAGCUGGUGGAUCGGCCGCAUAAAGAGCCGUUGAGUCGGGGCGGCUUGAGAGGAUCGGUGAGAGUGGCGGAUCAGCCGCAGGAAUUGGGGCUGCAACGGAAUUGGAGCAACGAUGAGAAUCAGCCAUUGAUUGAUAGGUCGCGAGAGACUAGCCAGGGACUGGAGGAUGAGCGGAGAGGUGAGAAAAAAAAUUUUUUUUUUAAUUUUUUUUUGAUUUAAAAAAAUUUUUUUGGUUUUUCUAUAAUAUAUUUUUUUUUUUGAUUUUCUUUUAUUUUAGGCUUGUAAAAUACGAAUAAUGCAUCUUCUUUUUGAUAAGUAUAAAAAAAAAAGAUUUUUUCAACUUUUAAUUAAAAAAAAUUGAUUUUUUUGUUACAUUUUUUAUAAUUUCGCUUUAUUUAAGACUUGUAAAAUACGCUUAUUCCAUCUUCUUUUUCAUAAAUCAAAAAAAAUUUUUUUUUCAAUUUUUGAUGACUAAAAUUUUUUUUACAUUUAUGUAUUUUCGCCCCCAAAAAUCCACUAUUAAUCAGAAAAUGCGAUAAAUUUUUUAUAUCCGGCACAUAUGGUGACAUUUUUUGAAUCUCCAAUUUGCAUUUGAAACUUUCUGAAGGGACUCUUGAAGUUUCGUAAUUUUCGAGAAAAAUAACAGGAUUUUUUGGGGUUUUUUGCAAUAAUAGAGUAUUAUAAGCAGUGUAAUUUAUUUUAGAGUUGUUUAGAAAAAAUUCUUCUUCCAUAUUCGUUAUCAAAUUUAAAAUUCUCUUCUAUUUUGUGCUGUUUUAUAGCUGAAACUGCCCAAAAACUUUUGAAAAAUCAAAAAGUAACGCAAGUUUUGAAUUCCUCAUCUCUUUUUUUUAUCUAACAAUAUUUUUCUCCUAAAAAGUUGCGAAAUUACUACUCUUUUUUUUACUUGGAAAAAAGCUUCUGAACAAGCGAGGCGCUCUCUUUUUUGUCCCUUUCGAAUAAAAGAGGAAACGAAGAGAGCGCCGAGCGUGAGCAGCGUGGCGCAGUGGAAGCGUGCUGGGCCCAUAACCCAGAGGUCGGUGGAUCGAAACCACUCGCUGCUAAUCUUUUUUUCAAGAGUUUUUUUUGUAGUAAAAAGUUAUAAACACUUGGUAAUUUUUUUUUCUUGGAUUAAGAACUGCUUUUUACACUGUUUAAAGACAAAAAAUACCAAAAAAUAGAAAAAAAAAUCUUUUUAUUUUUUAAUAAAAACUCCCUGAGGGCUUUGGCUGUUAUCCUCAUGCUUUCAGGGCGAGAUCGAGCGAAGAAGAGCGGUAGAAAACGUGAGCGGUCAUUCUUUGAAGAGUUGAAGGACCGAUUAACCGGAGGAAAAAGAGCGUCCAAGAAAAGAGCCAGAAGUUUGGACGAUCAAAACCCCCAGUUAGAAGAGGCCAUGCAAAGUCUUCCGCCUAGCCGAGAUCCAUCGCAAACACGACAAGUCAGACGGCUUUGUAAGUUUUGACAAAAAAACAUUGCAUAUAAGGGCUAUAUUAAGCAAAACAUUGAAAAAAGUAUGGGCGGUUCAGAAGGUCGUGAAAUUAUUUUUUUCGCCCAUAUCUUGCAAGUUAACGGUCCAGAAUUUGCAAAAAUCGCUUUUCUGGGGCAUAUAUGGCCCAUAUUUUUUUAAAAAGUUUGAGUUUUCUUUAAUUGCCCUUAGGCGAUUUUCAAAUUUAACUUUUUCUAAUUUGGCCAAAAUUUCUGUUUUUCUUAUCCAAAGUAUAAAAUGGCUGUAGGUCCGACAUUUUCAGCCAGAGCAGACACCGGAGAUCACUAUGAGCCAAGUCCAUCGCCAGUCAAGAAGGAGCCAACCACUCCUUCUCAACUUAUUUUAGAGCUCGGAGAGCCGGAUCAGCGAGAGAAAAAGUGAGUUUUCCUUACUAAAACUGCAAUGUUUUUUGUUUAAAAUACGGUUAUCAUUGUGUUUCCUGUUAAAUUUGUUAUAAUUACUCAAUUUUUAUUAAAAUCGAUAAUUUUCAAAAAUUGACAUUUCGUCCUAAAAAUCAAUAAGUUUUAGACCUUUGGGAUUUCGUCGAAAAACACUGAAAAAUCAUGGAAACAAAUUUUUUCAUCAAAUUUAUGGCCUUUUUAGAAAGUUGACAUUUCGUCCUAAAAAUCAAUAUUUACACGGUUUGACAUUUCGUCUUCAAAAAAGUCUACUCAAAAUGACUAAAAAUGAGUUUUCAGAUACUACUUUAUUCCCCAUGAGAUUCUCCCCGACCUGGUAGCGAUCAAAUUUUUGAAACGCGGCAAAAAGUUGCACAUUCACAACGAACAUACGUUUGUGGCGGUGAAAACGAAAGGGUAAGCUUGAAAUUUUUAUUUACAUCUUUUUAAAACAAUAUUUUUAGCACUGUAACCUGCAAUGUGUGUCAACGAAAAAUCUCGUCCACCUUUAUGAAACAGGCCUAUCAAUGCCGAGAUUGUCGGCUUGUCUGCCAUAAGAACUGUCAUGAACACACCGUAAAGCCGUGUCCAACACCCACCAUCAGCAGUAAAUUUAUGUAAGCUUAUCUUCAUAUUGCUUUUUAGACAGUUUCCGAAUGAAAAACGAGGUUAAAACAGAAUGCCAAACUUUCGUGGCGGGACCAAAAAUUUGCGUUUUUUGUAAAAUACGAGCGAAAUUUCAGUUUCUUCAAAAGAAAAAUCUUUUUUCCAACAAAAAUUAAAGCUGAAACACAAUGCCAAACUUCGUUGCGAGACCAAAGGUUGAUAAAAAGUUUUGAUGUCAAGUAUAAUAUAAAUACCUAUCAACGAAUAAAUCAUUGUUUUUAGUGUGCAAGACGUCGAUUGGGAAGAGAUGCUGAGCCGGUUCCGUGUAGAAGAAUUCAUUUCCGGCGAAAAUUUGUAA